UGUCCUUGGGGGUUAACAGGAGAGGUCAAAUGGAUCAAAAGCCUGUGCUGCAAACAGACAUUGGGAGGUUGGUGCUGUGCCCACCAGGGUAGGCAUCGGGCAGGCGUCAUGGGGCAGCCAAUCAGAGGAGGAGGGGACUGCAGAGGAACCAAGUGAUCCUGCUGCAGCUGAGCUGUCCUUGGAGGGUGGGAGCCAAGGGAAGGGGAGGAGAAGAGGGGUGGGGAAGGACAUUCCACAGGCUUUUUUGGCCCCUGCCAGAGACAGAAGGGGGUCAAAGAGAAAGGGAAAGGAGGAAGCCAGGAAGCCAGACAACGAGAGCAUCAAAACAAGGCUGUUUCUGUGUGUGAGGAACUUUGCCUGGGAGAUAAAAUUAGACCUAGAGCUUGCUGACAGGGAGUCUGAAGCGUGGGACAUGGACCGUUCACUGGGAUGGCAAGGGAAUUCUGUCCCUGAGGAUAGGACAGAAGCUGGGAUCAAGCGUUUCCUGGAGGACACCACGGAUGAUGGAGAACUUAGCAAGUUCGUGAAGGAUUUCUCAGGAAAUGAGAGCUGCCACCCACCAGAGGCUAAGACCUGGGCAUCCAGGCCCCAAGUCCCGGUGCCAAGGCCCCAGGCCCCGGACCUCUAUGAUGAUGACCUGGAGUUCAGACCCCCCUCGUGGCCCCAGUCCUCUGACAACCAGCAGUACUUCUGUGCCCCAGCCCCUCUCAGCCCAUCUGCCAGGCCCCGCAGCCCAUGGGGCAAGCUUGAUCCCUAUGAUUCCUCUGAGGAUGACAAGGAGUAUGUGGGCUUUGCAACCCUCCCCAACCAAGUCCACCGAAAGUCCGUGAAGAAAGGCUUUGACUUUACCCUCAUGGUGGCAGGAGAGUCUGGCCUGGGCAAAUCCACACUUGUCAAUAGCCUCUUCCUCACUGAUCUGUACCGGGACCGGAAACUCCUUGGUGCUGAAGAGCGGAUCAUGCAAACUGUGGAGAUCACUAAGCAUGCAGUGGACAUAGAAGAGAAGGGUGUGAGGCUGCGGCUCACCAUUGUGGAUACACCAGGUUUUGGGGAUGCAGUCAACAACACAGAGUGGUAUGUCUGACUAAGCACAAUCCCAG